ACAAGAGAGUUACAGAACUUCCUUUUUAACAGCGGUCAGCAAGACCAGGUUGUUUUUAACAUUAACUUAAUGUACUAAUGUGCAUUACAUAAAUUAAAACAGCACACAUUUUAAAAAAUGCUAUCAAAAACUACUCUUGGGAUUGCCGCUGCAAGUGCUGGAAUAUGUUUUAUUGGCUAUUGUUUUUAUUUUGACCGCAAAAGAAGGAGUGAUCCGGAAUUCAAGAACAAGUUGAAAGAAAAAAGAAAACAGGCAAAACAGCAGAAGUCUGUCAGUGGAGGAACUAGACUGCCAGACCUAUCAAAUCCUGAGGCUAUGCAGAGAUUUUUCUUACAAGAAGUCCAGAAAGGAGAAGAGCUCCUUGCUGUUGGUGAUAUUGAGGAAGGUGUGGAGCAUUUGAGCAAUGCUGUAGCUGUUUGUGGCCAGCCACAGCAGCUGUUGCAGGUUCUUCAGCAAACUUUGCCACCACAGGUGUUUGCCUUGUUGGUACAGAAGCUGCCAUCUGUUGGGGCGAGACUUGCCAUGGCUGGCGCUGGCGGAGGUGCAGAACAUGUUUCAGACGGGGUUGUCGUGGAGGAAGUUGUGGACUGAUCCUGGUGUGUCAGCUGGUGUUUGUUGCACAUGUUUCCUAUGGAUCAAAAGCUGGGCUGCUGUGAAUGCUUUGUGUGAAUCUAGACCAACGUGUAAAUUUCCAUCUGGGGAUCUCACUCAGGCCUCAGUCUUAUUUACUCCAGCUGGUAAUGUUUUAAGUUUUAGGAGGGAUUGCCCUAGUGUCUGGGUUUUUUUUUUUUUUAAACUUAAGGCUAUUUUAAAUUAAGUUUCGUGCAUUUUAUGAACAGUUAUCUUCCCUUGGGCAUGUGUAAUUAGCUGAGGUUAAAUAAGACUGAAGAAGGGAGUGGGGAGUUCACUAAUUUUGUAUUAUAAUUAACUACCAUUAAAUCAUUUUUAUUUACCAAAGUC